AUGUCCCAGCUCCAGGAGUUCCAGGAUUGUCUCCGAAAUGCCAAACGAAUCGUUGCCUUGGUUGGAGCAGGCCUUUCCGCCUCUAGCGGACUUCCGACUUUCCGAGGGUCGCAGGGUUUAUGGAAAAACUUUAACAUGAUUGACUUGGCUACCCCGGAUGCAUUCUACAUUGACCCUGGUUUAGUGUGGCAGUUCUAUGCGUGGAGAAGACACCAAGCGCUAAAAGCGCAGCCAAACAGCGGACACUACGCAUUAGCACAAUUGUCCAAGCAGACAGAAAAGGAGUUCAUAACCAUCACACAGAAUGUGGAUGGUCUUCUGACUCGUGCUGGCCACAGGAAAUCAGGCCUACAUGAGAUACACGGCUCACUUUUCGAGCUCCGAUGUACGAGCUUUACAUGCACGUAUAUUGAACGUAAUAAUUACAAAGAUCCGUUGACCAAAAAUUUAUCUGAUUUUGGGUUUGAUGAGGAUGAUUUAGACACCACUAUGGAGACGCUGGAUGGUGUUGAUGAACCCACGUUUGCAGCUCCCCAAGCUCUACUGGUAGAUGACUUACCCAAAUGUCCAGUAUGCAAUACACUCAUGAGGCCGGGAGUCGUAUGGUUUGGUGAGUCGCUUUCGCUACGUACUUUAGAUGGAAUUGAUGGUUUCCUACAGGCUGGCCCUGUUGAUUUAAUUAUGGUCAUUGGUACGUCAGGCACGGUUUAUCCCGCUAACAGCUAUGUUGAUUUGGUUCGCAGAGGUGGAGGAGCAGUAGCAGUGUUCAAUACAGAUAUUGAGUCUGAGAUAUUACGGGGUGAUGUUGCGAAUACCUGGGGAUUUCAGGGAGAUGCUGCCGAAUGGCUUCCAAAAGCCUUGGACGUCAGCUAA